CGUCAAGAAACAGUCUGAGCGGGGGAAAGAGGAAAGUUAUUCAAGCGACGACAAUGACGGGCGAAGAGAAGGCACUCUGGCUCGACUGCGACCCGGGCCACGAUGAUGCCAUUGCGCUCCUGCUUGCCCUCUUUGGCCGCUCGUCGUUGGUCCACCCCACGCUUCUGGGCGUCUCGAGCGUGCACGGCAACAACACGGGCCACAACACGUUUGUCAAUGCGGCACGGAUGUUGGAUGCCUAUGGCGUCGAGCCCGGGCUACUUUGGAGGGGGGCAGAUGUGCCACUCAUGAGAGACGCCAAAAUUGAUGAGGGGAUCCAUGGAGACGACGGCUUGGGCGGAGUCACGGGCUUAGGCACACAGACGGACGAGGGUGUGCAACGGCAAAUGUAUGCGAACCUCGGGCCCGUCGCAGAGAAGGGACAGGUGGUGCCCGAGCCGGAUCCCUUGAGCUUGGUAAGCCACCUCGUUGAGCUGCUGAAGCGACGGAUAAGAGACGGCCAAGGACCUUUGACGAUUGUCGCCACUGGCCCCCUGACAAACGUGGCCCUGCUGCUGAAGCUCGCGCCGCCCGGCGUGGUCCAGCAAGGCGUCGAUCAGAUUGUCCUGAUGGGCGGCGCAGCAGGCGUGCCGGGCAAUCGCACGCCCCUAGCCGAGUGGAACAUUCUUGUCGACCCCGAGGCAGCCCGCAUCGUCUUUUCCUACCCCUUGCCCACCGUCAUGGCCGGCCUCAACAUCACGCACCAGGCCCUCUUCACUGACACGCUCCAUUCGCAGCUCGUCUCCCUCUACUCGUCGUCGGACUCGCUCAUCGACACGCUCGCGUCCAUCAUGGCCUUCUUUGCCGCCUCGUACGCAGACACGUUUGGCUUCGCGCAGGGCCCGCCCGUCCAUGACUUUCUCGCCGUCGCUUAUGUCCUGGAUCCAACCAUGUUCUAUGCCCACGCCAAGCCCCACCAGCAUACCAGCAGCAGCAGCAGCAGCAGUGUUGGUGGCGGCAGUGGUGAUGUUGCCCGGGUGAGCCCGAAGCGAUACCGCGUGCACAUAGAGACAAACGACGGAAAGGCGUGCGGCACCACCAUUGUCGACUUCUACGACCAGUGGGCACCCCCGACAGAAUCGAGUCCGGACCAGGUGGACAGCGAAGAAACGGCAGCGUCCUGGCGAGAGGGCGGAAGAAACGCCAUUGUGCUGGAGCACGUCGAUACGGAGCGCCUCUGGCCGCUCUUCUUUGAUGCGGUAAAGCGAGCUCAGGCACACGUACAGUCGCAGACCAACACGCAAUGACGGGCAAUCUGAAUACUUUGAAAAGAGAAGAAAUAGGUUGAGAUCCUAGGUAUGAAUGAAGAGAGGGAACAACUUUGUUAAAGGAAUGAAAUGAAUGAAUCGAG